GAGUUUUAGCAAUGAAAAUCACUCACAUAUAUAUGAAGCCUACCUGUUUCAUAUUUCAUCAUUUGUCCAUAUCAAACAAUAAUCUUUGUUUUAAUCAAUUUCUCCUUUGGUCCUUCAGCCUUCGCCUAGAUUGCUACGUUCUCAAAAGUUUCCACUUUUCUUGGAAGCUUAUCUUACAACCAACACAAAAAGUCUUUCAUUGAUAUUGGAAGUCACACCUUCUAUCUGGAUCAAAAGUUUUAGCACAUCAUGGGCAAUAUGUUCUCAAUCUCAUGCUCAAUAGAUGACACCAUCCGUUGCUGCUGGGAUUUCACUGUUAGACAGGCAACUUACACUUGUAAGCUUGACGAAAAUCUUAAAGAAUUGAAGGAUGCCGUAGAAGAACUGAGAGCACAAAGGAAUGACCUGAAGUUGGAGGUCGAGCUUGCUGAACAAAAACUAUUAAAGCAACUCAACGAAGUUCAACUCUGGCUUUCAAGGGCAGAAACUUUGAUAACAGAGGUUGAAGAAUUGAUAGACUUUGGUUCUCAAGAAACAGAUGAAGCAUGUUUUGCAAGCUGUUGUUCCACGAAUUGCAAGUCUAGCUAUAAGCUUGGUAAAAAGGUCGCUAGAAAAUGUAAAGAAAUAGCGAUUUUAAAGAGUCAAGGAGUUUUCGACAAGGUUGCUCUUGGACGGCCCCCGGCUCAAGUGGAAGUAAUGCCUUUUCAGCCCACAGUUGGCCAGGAAUCAACAUUUGAUGAAGUUUGGAGCUGCCUCAUAGAAAAGGAUGUGGGACUUAUUGGUUUACAUGGCUUAGGAGGAGUUGGAAAGACAACACUCUUGACCCAAAUCAAUAACAACUUCGACAGUAUACCAGAUGGCUUUGACGUUGUAAUUUGGGUGGUGGUGUCGAAAGAUUACACAAUCGAGAAAGUUCAGGAUAAGAUUGGGGAGAAGAUAGGUCUUUCUGAUAAUCAGUUGUGGGUUAAUAAAAGCUCAUAUGAAAAAUGUAAUGAUAUCUUUGAAGUUUUGUCAAGAAAGAAGUUCGUGAUAUUGUUGGAUGAUGUAUCGGAGGGGGUGGAUUUGAUGAAAAUUGUACCAGUACCGAGCAAAAAUGGUUCUAAACUGGUUUUCACUACUCGGAAACUUUCCAUAUGUGGUGAAAUGGAAGCUCAGAGAAUAAUUGAAGUGAAAUGUCUAGGAUCAGAUGAAGCUUUGAAAUUGUUUGAAGAAAAGGUUGGACAUGAGACCCUUGCCAGUGAUCCAGAGAUUCCGAAGCUAGCUAAAAUGGUGGUUGCCGAGUGUGAUGGACUGCCUCUUGCUCUAGUUACAAUCGGUCGUGCCAUGGCUUACAUGAGGAGCCCACAAUCAUGGAGAAAUGCAAUUGCUAAAUUGCAGCAAUCAGCACAUGAGAAAAUGGAAAGGGUAUAUCAUCUUUUAAAAUUCAGUUAUGAUAGCUUGGAUAAUGACAAAACUAGAUCAUGCCUCUUGUAUUGCAGUCUAUAUCCUGAGGAUUAUAUGAUUCUCAAAUCUGACUUGAUCAAUCAUUGUAUUUUUGAGGGGUUUUUGGGUGAGUUUCGCAACCUAAGUUCAGCUCAAUAUGAAGGAUAUGACAUUAUAGAUUCUCUUGUUAGUGCUUCUCUAUUAGAAAAAGAAGGAAACGAACAUGUGAAGAUGCAUGAUGUGGUUCGUGACAUGGCUUUAUGGAUAGCGAAUACUAGAGAAGCACAAAACACUAAAUUUUUUGUGCAAGCAGGGGCUCAGUUAACUGAAGCACCAGAAUUUGGGGAAUGGAAAGGUGUCGAAAGAAUGUCAUUGAUGCAAAAUAAAAAACGAAAACUUGUUGGAAAACCCGAGUGUUCUGCUCUCAAAACUCCGUUUCUCAACCAGAAUGUGUUGAAGGUGAUCAAUGAUGGCUUCUUCCACUCUAUGUCCAAUCUAACAGUUCUAAACUUAUCAGGGCAUAUCAAUCUAAAAGAAUUGCCAAAGGAUAUUUAG